GGUGGUUCCUUUAAAUGGGAGCCUGCUGGCUGGACCGCAGCAGCUGUACACCCUGAGCGAUACCUGCAAUCGAGGAUUCCUCCGGGGCAAGCCGCCGUCUGUCCGCAUGGCUCAAGAGUUUGUGAACAGCAAAAUCCAGCCAGGGAAGGUGGUGGUGUUCAUUAAACCCACCUGCCCUUACUGCAAAAAGACACAAGAGCUCCUGGGCCAAUUGCCUUUCAAACCAGGGGUUUUGGAAUUUGUCGAUAUCACAGCCACCAGUGACACAAAUGAGAUUCAAGAUUAUUUGCAACAGCUCACUGGAGCCAGGACGGUACCCCGGGUCUUUCUUGGUAAAGAUUGUAUAGGAGGGUGCAAUGAUCUAGAAAAAAUGCAACGGAAUGGGGAACUCUUGAAGCGGCUAAGAGAAAUUGGAGCUCUACAAUAAUUACAGCAGCCCACAAGUUGACAUCCCCUUGAGAGUUGGAUGGCAUUGCAAAUGAUGAAAGCCUUUCGGUGGAUGGAUCUGGGGCUCUGUUCACCCAGCUACAGCAACUAUUUACUGCCAAUUCUGAAAUAUAUUAACCAUGAAAAGGGAGGGGUUGGGAAAAAAAUCAACCAUUUCUUCUUUUGACUCAGUAUUAAAAGUGGAUCAAUUUGUCCCAAAUCACUAGUCAGAGAAGGUUGAUGGACAGCUUGGAUUUCUUCUAGAUUGGUUGUUUGGGUUCCAUGGCUUAGAAUUUACUCAAUGAUCCAAAAGAGGAUCUUUCUGUUUGGCAUGCUUUUCUUACUGUUUUCUACAUGCUAGACUCCUUGACCUCUAAGCCAGUGUUUCUCACCCAAGUACGUCUCAGACUCCACAGGAUGAAUUUGUAGUUGGUUUUCUGUAACUGCCCAUAAGUUGAAGUUAUUUUGUUGAGUUGUCUGCAUGGAAUUUUAUUAUAAUGUCAAUGGGUAGGUUGGGUGUGAUUUUUCAAACUAACCAUGGGGGUCACCAGACCCACCCCAUUCUAUCUUAAGAAUGGGCACUCUGAGCUAGUGUUCUAGACCUUGACAGUUCACAGAUCUCAUAGAACUGUUCAACAAUUUUGUGAAGGGGUGUGAUGAUUCAACUGAGAAGCUCCAGAUAAAAAGUUCAGCAUGGUUGUUUUCAGUCGGUGCCUCAAGAUCAGAGGUUCAAGUGCAGUUGUAAUCAUGCAGCAACACUGUUAUGUAAGGUCAUGGUCCAAGGUUUUCUGAGUGUGUAUUAAUUUGAUUUAUUGAGUCACAAAAGUAAAACAUUCUCAUACAAAAUAUAUAAUCUCCAAGAAUAUCUGAAAGGCGCCAAAUGUGAGACACUGUCCUAAAUUCCCCCCCCCUUGAGAACUUAUGAAUUCUUUAUUGUGAAGUUUGUUCUAGAAUUGCAAGAUUAAUUUCCUUCUGCAGUCUCUAGUGUGAAAAGUUAAUUUCUUUUCUAAUAAAGAGGCACCCAUAGAUGACCCUGUGAUUUUUGUCUAAUUCUUUUCUAUGUUUCCAACCUUAAGGAACAGUACUAUUGUGAAAUACAGCAUGACUGUCCCCUGCCAUUAUAAAUAAAGGCACAUUGAA